CCUGACCCCCCGCCCUAUAGGGUUUGGGUGCUGGUCACACCCUGACAAGCGGACUAAGCCUGCAGGGAAGGGAGCGCCCUACAGUGCCUCGCCCAGCGGGCUGGGCUCCCGAAGGGGGGUGCUAGGGUGCGGAAAUCCCGUGGGAUCCUGUCACAACCUCCCAUGUCGAAGAAGACUUUGAUGCACGGAGACUUCUUGGCUAAGGAGGAGGAGUACAAGAGACUGAAUGCAGAAUUAGAGGCAAAAACAGCAGAGUUGGUGCGUCAGGCUGAAGAAGUAAUACGAGAUCAACAUGAGAUACUAUCAAUACCAGUUUCAACACAGGUUAAGUUGUGUGAAGAUGAUGACAAGCAACUGAGAGAUGUACUUUCGACUGAAGUGCCUGUCCUUACACUUUCACAUAUAAAGCACCCAAACAAGAAAUCUGGUUCCAUGUCUGCAGCUCAGAGCAGACCCUGCUCUGGCAGUCAUUUCAUUACAGCUGGAUUCACAGAUGCACCAAUAUCUAAAAUAUGUAUAUAUAUAUCUAACUUCAAUCUAGAAACUUUCUUAUUACGGAAUUUUAGUGCAAAACUAAGAAGCAUUAAUAUACAAGCUGCUGCUGAUGUUGCCGUCCCGGAGGACUUCACAGAAUUUUCUCUUGCAAAAACAAUUAGCAAAAUUGAAGGAAAACUGGAAGAAGGAGCCUUGCCUGAGAGUCUAGAUGAUGAUAUUAUUCCAAGUGUAGGAAAUGAAAUUGGUACAGACGCCCAGAUCAGAUUUCUUAAGGCAAAGUUACGUGUUAUGCAGGAGGAGCUGGAUAGUAUAAUACGUGAAUGUAGUAAAAAGGAUGAUGAGAAUCGAAAUUUAAACUCUCGGGUUAAAGAAACUGAAGAAGAACGUGCUAGACUCCAGCGAACAGUCAGUAGUCAACAGUUUCAAAUGGAAAAGUACAAAAUGCUAUCAGAGGAAGCUAACAGGAAAAGUGAAGGAUUACAGCAACAGGUCAUUGCAGUAGAAAAGGAACUAGAGAAUCUAAAGCGCAUACAAAAGCAGGCUUCUACCAGUCAGAGUGCUACAGAAGUUCGCUUAAAUAGGGCUCUUGAGGAAGCAGAAAGGUAUAAAAUGGAGCUGAAUAAACUGAAGCAAAGCAAUAAGGAUAUAGCCAACCAUGAGCACAAAAAACUUGAAGAAUUAAAAAUAGAAAACAAGAGACUGGAGAAACAAAAAGAAGAGCUAAUGACAGGUUUCAAGAAACAGUUAAAGUUAAUCGAUAUUCUGAAGAGACAAAAGAUGCACAUUGAAGCUGCUAAAAUGCUUUAUUUUACUGAAGAAGAGUUCAUGAAAGCUCUUGAGUGGGGAAAUUCCUAAUCUAGUGUUCAACACCUCAGUUCUAAUUGUAUGCUGUUUUGAAAGUAUUUACUUACCACACGUGUUAAAAGGGAUAGCUUUAGAUUAAUCCUGGUAAAAUUGUUAGUUUUAAAAGUUCUAGUAGGAUAUACAUGUUAAUGUUAGAUUGUAAAUAGCUUGUUUUGCAAUAUAUCUUGAAAUGUUUUAAUUAAUUAAACUGUUAUCUAAGGGUACCGGAGAUAUCCCAAAAUAGCUACCCCACAUCUUAACAAGCUGUUAUUUUGAAAAAUAUUUCAAAAUAACGGGCAUACUAUUUCAACAUCCCUCUAACCCUCAUUCUUUGAGGGUUAAUGGAUGUCUUGAAAUAGUGUGUUAUUUUGAAAUUUGGCGCUGUGUAGAUGUGCCAAUUUUCAAAAUAUUCUAUUUUGAAAUAGAAUUGAAAUAAGAUACACAAUUUGCCUUACACAAACUGCGUAUCUUAUUUUGAAUUUAGGGUGCUGUGUAGAUGCACCCUCAUUGGCUAAAUGGUCUAUAAUAUUCCCACUAACUGUAAUGGGUUAUGCAAGCAGUAUAGAGAGAAGACUACAUUAUGUACACAUCUGUUUUGGUUAUCAAUCUUUUGUUUUCGUACUGAUUCAUUUUGAAAUAAGAUGAACUGAUACAUCAACAUUACCUUUUUAUAUGGACAGCGAACAAGAGUGAUAGUUCAAAAACCUCAUUAAUGGGGAAGAAAAUACUUCUGAUCCAUUUUACAACUUGGAUGAAAAAACUCACCUUUAUUGUAAAAAUAAACGUAUAGGAAUGAUGUAGGAAUAAGAGUUGUUGUCCAUCCCUCCUUAAUAGCUCUUUAUAGUCUUAGUUUGGUUUGAAUAUUAACUACAUUAGUGGAUGGUGACCAUCUUGAUUUUAGUGAUAUGAAAAGGUAACCAGCGACCCGGUUAACGUCACCCUUGACGGGUAACUGGUUACCCGUUCACAUACCUAAAAUCAGGAUGGCCAGCAUCCACUAAUGUAGUUAAUAUUCAAACCCAACUAAGACCCUACACUGUUCCCAUACCUUAAUGGGUGAUGCUUACCGGUAACAGGUUAACCAGUGUCCAGGAGUAGCCGGGCCCACUAUGCUGCAGCCCAGGGCCCAGAAGCUGGCAGUUCUGUAGGGCUAGCAGCAGGCAGCCCCAUGGGGUGGGGACUGCUCCGGCUGACCCUCCCUCUCUGUGGGAUUCUGCUUAAUUGGUUAACCAGUUUAAUAAAUUAACAUUACAUUUAAGGAGAUUUUAGAUUCCUGCUUGAUUUAUAGAAGAUCUGAUAAUUUGCCAUUGUAAUUAAAUCUAUUUGAUAGAUUAGAGAAUUUUUGUAUAUUUUGAUAUGGAAAUAUUGUUUUAAAAAUAAAGUUUGGCAUCUUACCCUGCAAUUUUAAAGUGAUAAAUAUUGGCAUAAUGUCAGUGUAAAAUGAAUUUCUCUAUUUUCAGCAAUAUUUAAUAAACUAUGUUUGUCUAUGGAA